AUGAUAGCAAAAAAACAAGAUGUCGCAGUAAUGAAAAAAUCGUUGAUGAUAUGCGAGAACCAAGAAAAGAUUGACAGGAAGAAAGGUCUUAUCAAGGAAGUGAGUAUUAAGCCCGACCUUAGUAUUGAAUUGUAUCCUGAUGUCCCAGACUUCGCAGAACAACCGAUAAUCCCACACCGAUACAAGAUCACGGAAAAAUUGAUGACCUUGAGACCAGACACCAUGGGGAUAAGGUUGAGAGUAAAUGCUGUAAUUCUGGUUAAUAGUAACAUGUGUGUAGUUGCUAAUAUCACUAGGACUGGACGGAUUAAAAGAAAUAUGGAGUUGAACAGUAAAAACAAGUGGAACUGCAAAACAGAAACUAGCGUGACACAUGGAUUAACAGUAAUGAGAGCGAUGAAGGAUAUCAUAGUUCAUGAAGGAUUGGAUAUAGAAACUAUAAAUGGAAUGGCAUGCCAGUUUCAGAUUAACAAUCACAAUAAAGACAUAGGAGUAAGCAAACAAACAAUCCACCCUGGUUGUAGAAACCCCGAUACACUACAUGAUGAAGGACAAGAAGCCAAAGAAUGCAAUAUCAAAUCAAGACCAGCGAGUAUGCAAUCACAAAUUGACUGCACUGCUAAUCCAACCAGCAUCAUUUCACCAUCCAAUACCCUAUCAUCACAAGUAAUGACAAGCAAACAUUAG